AUUUCCUUUUCAUACAUGAACCUCCUGAUAAGAGAGGAAAUUUGGAUUUUUUUCAUUUAAACUAAUAAUAGAGGUGAAAAUAGAAUUAAAGGCUUUUAUUAGCUUACUUAAAAUCAGAUUUUUUUUUUUUAAGGGAAAUGUUUAUCAUACUUCUGAAAUAAAAACAUUUUGAACUCUUUUGGCACAGAAGAAUGUUAACAGGAAUGAGAAGAUAAUUUAAGAGGAAUACCUUUUUAUUGCUAUGUAAAGAGAGCUUAAAAGCAUUUGAAGUUCACUUUUCUCUUGUAUACCUUUGGAGGUAGUUGAGGAAAAUAAAAUUAUUGAUUUUUAGUUGGCCUUAGAGAUAAACUAAUUUCUAUUUCAUUACUUGUUCACCAUUGAAAAAGAAAAAAUUUUAGAGUGUUCUAUAAGACUUCACACCCAUUGAUAUCAUUAAGUGUGGUAUUAUUCUUUAUAGCACAUAUGUAAAGCACAUAGCCCAAUCAUUUAUUAAACAUUUAUGGAACACCUGUCAUAUCCAAGCACUGUUCUGUACUCUAGGAUUAUAUCAGCAAACAAAACAGGUGAAAUUGCUUAUGUUUAUGGAACUCACAUUAUAAGGUGACACUGAAAAUAAAAUGGUAUUCAGGACAGACAUCGUCUCUGCUCUCAAAACAAACGAAGUCUAGGUAGAAGUAUAUAGGCCAUAGGUGGACAGGCCAUGUGAUAAGUGGAAAGAUAGAGAAGUUCAGAUUACUGUAAGGGACAUCUAACUGUAACUCAAGUGAGUCUAGCAAAGAUUCACAGAUAAAAGUAUUUUAGUAGGAAUAAUCUAGAUGAAGAAAAGGGCAGGGAAGAAUAUCCUAGGCAAAGGGGGAAUAUGUAUGUGAAAGAGCCAGAGGAAAGAAAGUGUGGCAGGCUUGGGGAACUGACAGUAGUUCAUUCUGGUUGGAUCACAGUGUUCAAGUUAACAAUGGGAUAGGCACUCUUCCAGGGGCAGUAUCGAGAGGCACUGAGAAUGAGCUAGCAUUUGACAUAACCAUUGUAGGCUGUCCUAUAGUACCACCUCUAACAAAACCAGGCUGUCCCAAAUCCCUGGUAAUAGAAUUGUUUAUACUAAGAACGUUGGGAAAGCAGCAGAAUCUACAUGUGGAAUAUGCCCGGGCCAACUUCGAGGAAUUCGCUGUGACCUAAAGUUCUUAUCAGGUUGUCUAAAAAUGAAGGAAUUUAUCAGCUGGGCUUAUGGUGGUUCCGUGUAUGUUAUAUGUGUCCAUGACAGAAUCAAGCACACUGUUCUUAUUGAGCAGAAAAUCGUUGUGAAAGUGUUGAAAGCACAAUCAGGAAGUUAAAUUUUAAAAUGAAGCUUUUUUUUUAGUAAUAAAAAAAAUCAAGAAGCCUUAAAAAAAAGGGUUAGUAGAUGAGGCUGACAAAACAUGGUCCACUGGAGAAGGAAAUGGCAAACCACUUCAGUAUUCUUGCCUUGAGAACCCCAUGAACAGUGUGAAGAGGCAAAAAGAUAGGACAUGAAAGAUGAACUCCCCAGGUCAGUAGGUGCCCACUGUGCUCCUGGAGAUCAGUAGAGAAAUAACUCCAGAAAGAGUGAGGAGAAGGAGCCAAACCAAAAACACCACCCAGUUGUGGAUAUGACUGGUGAUGAAAGUAAAGACUAAUGCUGUAAAGAACAGUAUCACACAGGAACCUGGAAUGUUAGGUCUAUGAAUUAAGGUAAAUUAGACAAAGGUCAGACAGAAGCUGGCAAGAGUGAACAGCAACAUUUUAAGAAUCUGUGAUCUAAAGUGGACUGGAAUGGGUGAUUGAACUGAGUUGACCAUUAUAUCCACUACUGUUAAGUAAAAAAAUCCUUAGAAGAAAUGGCGUAGCCCUCAUAGUCAACAAAAGAGUCCGAAAUGCAGUACUUGGAUGCAAUCUGAAAAAUAACAGAAUGAUCUCUGUUCGUUUCCAAGGCAAACCAUUCAGUAUCACAGUAAUCCAAGUCUAUGCCCCAACCAGUAAUGCUGAAGAAGCUAAAGUUGGAUGGUUCUAUGAAGACCACAAAACCUUCUAGAACUAACACCCAAAAAAGGUGUCCUUUUCAUUAUAGGGGACUGAAAUAAAUGCAAAAGUAGGAAGUUAAGAGAUUCCAGGAGGCUUUUUGUGCUGGUAUCACUCUUGCAAACAUGUUGAAUGUGCCAAAAACCCGCCGGACUUUCUGUAAGAAGUGUGGGAAGCACCAGCCCCACAAAGUGACACAGUACAAGAAGGGCAAGGAUUCUUUAUAUGCCCAGGGAAAGCGGCAUUAUGACAGGAAGCAGAGUGGCUGUGGUGGGCAGACUAAGCUGAUUUUCCAGAAAAAGGCUAAAACUACAAAGAAGAUUGUACUGAGGCUUGAAUGUGUUGAGCCCAACUGUAGAUCGAAUAGAAUGCUGGCUAUUAAGAGAUGCAAACAUUUUGAGUUGGGAGGCAAUAAGAAGAGAAAGGGUCAAGUGAUCCAAUUUUGAGCUUCAUAUUUUGUUUUAUUAUGAAGACAACAAAAGUUUGAGAUCGUUUACUUAAAAAAAAAAGAAAAAGAUUCCAGGAGUAACAGACAAAUUUGGCCUUGGUGUACAAAAUGAAGCAGGGCAAAGGCUGACAAGACUUUUGCCAAGAGAAUGCACUGGUCAUAGCAAGUACCCUCUUCCAACAACACAAAGAUGACUCUACACACGGACAACACCAGAUGGUCAAUAUUGAAAUCAGAUUGAUUAUAUUCUUUGCCGCCGAAGAUGGAGAAGCUCUAUACAGUCAGCAAAAACAAGACUGGGAGCUGACUAUGGCUCAGAUCGUGAACUCCUUAUUGCCAAAUUCAGACUUAAAAUGAAAAAAGUAGGAAAACCACUAGAUCAUUCAGGUAUGACCUAAAUCAAAUCCCUUAUGAUUAUACAGUGGAAGUGAGAAAUACACUCAAGGGAUUAGAUCUGAUAGACAGCCUGAUGAACUAUGGAUGGAGGUUCGUGACAUUGUACAGGAGACAGGGAUCAAGACCAUCCCCAAGAAAAAAAUGUAAAAAAGCCAAAUGGCUGCCUGAAGAGGCCUUACAAAUAGCUGUGAAAAGAAGAGAAGCAAAAAGCAAAGAAGAAAAGGAAAGAUAUACCCAUUUGAAUGCAGAGUUCCAGAGAAAAGCAAGGAGAGACAAGAAAGCCUUCUUCCGUAAUCAGUGCAAAGAAAUAGAGGAAAACAAUAGAAUUGGAAAGACUAGAGAUCUCUUCAAGAAAAUUAGAGAUACCAAGGGAACAUUUCAUGCAAAGGUGGUCUCGAUAAAGGACAGAAAUGGUAUGGAUCUAACAGAAGCAGAAGAUAUUAAGAAGAGGUGGCAAGAAUACACAGAAGAGCUACAGAAAAAAGAUCUUAAUGACCCAGAUAACCAUGAUGGUGUGAUCACUCACCUAGAGCCAGGCAUCCUGGAAUGUGAAGUCAAGUGGGCUUUAGGAAGCAUCACUACAAACUAAGCUAUUGGAGGUGAUGGAAUUCCAGUUGAGCUAUUUCAAAUCCUAAAAGAUGAUACUGGUGACUGAGCCAUGAAAUUAAAAGACACUUCCUCCUUGGAAGAAAAGCUAUAACCAACCUAGACAGCAUAUUAAAAAGCAGAGACAUUACUUUGCCAACAAAAGUCUGUCUAGUCAAAGCAAUGGUUUUUCCAGUAGUCAUGUAUGGAUGUGAGAGUUGGACUAUAAAGAAAGCUGAACAGCUAAGAAUUGAUGCUUUUGAACUGUGGUAUUGGAGAAGUCUCUUGAGAGUCCCUUGGACUGCAAGGAGAUCCAAUCAGUCCAUCCUAAAGGAAAUCAGCCCUGAAUAUUCAUUAGAAGGACUGACGCUGAAGCUGAAACUCCCAUACUUUGGCCACCUGAUACGAAGAACUGACUCAUUUGAAAAGACCCUGAUGCUGAGAAAAAUUGAAGGCAGGAGGGGAAGGGGACGACAGUGAAUGAGAUGGUUGGAUGGCAUCACCAACUUAAUGGACAUGAGCUUGAGUAAACUCCUGGAGUUGGUAAUGGACAGGGAAGCCUGGCACGCUGCAGUCCAUGGGGUCACAGUUGGACACGACUGAGCAACUAAACUGAACUGAACUGAGAUGAGGCUAGAAUAAUGAAGCAGUGUCAUUUCAUGAAUGCCCUUUAAGUAAUGAGGAGUUUGAGAUUUAUAUAAUGAGGAACCAUGAAAGCAGGGGAGUCAUAUGUAACAUUUGAAAGAGGAAUACCAAGAGAAUUUAUUUCAAGGAAUAAGGAGAAAAAAUUAAAAACCCUCAUCACUUUGGUUUUCCUUUCUGCAUAGUAAUCCUUCAAAACUAGGCAUAGAACAAAAUUAGUCACUUCCACAAAACCAAUUUUAAGGCCAAGGAGCCUAGUACUUCCUGUUCAUAUUGUCGUGAUGUUCUAGCAGUGCAGCAUAGGGGUUGCUGUUAAAAUCGUUCAUCCUUGCAUUCUCCUUAAAGCCAUUCAAAUGCUUGGAACUCAGCCAUUCAGACAAAAUCUAGUCAUUGAUGCUCUGAGGUAGGUACUAUUAUUAUCCACAUACAGAUGAGAAAUCAGAACUGGUUAUAAGAUUAGUAGAUAUAUUUUAUUUUUAAUAGUGGGAAAGUUUACAUAUUGUGCUACAGUGGCAGGAGGUUUAGAGUUUUGUUUUAAUUUAGCAGUAAAAGUUCUUAGCAGGGGAAGAUGGUCUUUCGGGGUUUUUCUGUUUGGUGUUUUGUUGUUUUUCUUUUUACAUUAAUUCCCCAAAAUUAACAUCAGUAGAACUCAGUGGCUAAGCAAAAGUUAAUUAUACUGGUAAGUUUAAAAGUAAAAUUCCAUGGUUAAACAUUUAAAAAAUCCUGUCUGGAUAUACAAACACAUCUGUGUUGAGAGAGCUUAUCUUUUUUUUUUUUUCCCCCUCCAGAAAUGUAUAUACAGGCUGCAUUCACUGAGGAAGGGAUGCUCGGAAAUGUAUUCUUAACUUCAGAGUGAAACUUGAAUUAGAAAUUAGUUCUUUUUAUCAUUAGAACUCUUUUACCCAUCAGAGAAACAUUUGCUUUUAAUUUUUAAAAGCAGUAUUCUAGACAUCAAGGAUAGCGUAUAAACAAAAUAGAUCAUACUCCUGCCUUCAUGGAACCUACAUUCUAUUUAGGGGUAGAGGGGAGUAGAAAAUCAAUAUGUUUUAUCAAUUACAUAGUAUAUUAGAUGGUGAUAAAUGCACUGGAGAAAAAUAGAGCAGGAAAGUAGAGAUUUACAUAGUCAGGGAAGACAGAUUUGAAAGAUGUGAGAAAAUAAAGCACACGAGCUUUAUUAUUAUUAGAGAUGCUCCAGGAGAGGAGGUACAAAAACUCAGAAGCAGGAACAUGGUUGUAUGUUCAGAUAACAAAAGAGAGAGCUUAGCUGAAGAUUAAUCAAGGAAACAGGGAGCUAGGAUAUAUAGGCUUUGGAAAACACUCUGUGGACUUUGACCUUUACUUGGAGAUAAAGUCUGGAGGAUUUUGAGCUGAAGAGGGACAUGAUUUGAUUUUAGCUUUUAACAAGAUCAUUCUUGCUGCCCUGUUGAGGAUGUUAGAGGGUAAGAGUGGGAGCUGACAGGCCUAUUGGGAGCCUAUUGCAGUAACUUGGUCAAUAAUCCAAUCAGGAGAUGAUGGAAGCUUGGAUGGGGGGAUUGAGAUAGAUAUGGUAGAAGUGCUCAAACCCUGGGUGUGUUUUUAAAGGUAAAAACAGCAAGGGUUUGCUGAUAAGUGUUCUAUAUAUGAGACCUAGAGGUGUCAAGAAUUACUGCCGGUGUUGGCCUGAGCACCUGAAAGAAUUAGAGUUUUGGUUCAUUAAAGUGGGGAAUACCCCAGGAGGAGCAGGUUGGGUGUGGGGAAGGCACAUCAGGUAUAUCAGGAGCCCAAUUUUAGACGUGUUAAGUUUGAGAAAUGAAACACUCAAGUGGAGAUAAUCAGUUUCAGGAUAUGCAAGUCUGGAUAUUGGUGGGGAGUGAAUUAGAUAAAUUAGACAUUUGUCAGUAUAUCAAGGAUAUUUAAAUCUGUGAGACUAGAUGAACUUACCAAGGGAGUACAUAGAGAGAGGGGCUUCCUUGGUAGCGUGCUGGUGAAGAAUACACCUGCAAUGCAGGUGACCCCAGUUUGAUUCCUGGGUCAGAAAGAUCCCCUAUAGAAGGGAUAGGUUACUUACUUCAUUACUCAUGGGCUUCCCUGGUGGCUCAGAUAGUAAAGAAUCUGCCUGCAAUGUGGGAGAUCUGGGUUCAAUCCCUGGGUUGGGAAGAUCCUCUGGAGGAGGGCAUGGCAAUCCACUCCAGUAUUCUUGCCUGGAGAAUCUCCAUGGACAGAAGUGCAUGUGCAGAAACCACAUGUGUGGCCUUGGAUUAAGCUGUAAAAGGCAUGAGGAGUGUUUCACUGUGACCUGUAGAUAGUUCAAGUGAAAAGAGGGCUGUUAGUAGACCUUUGUAUUUAAAAUAUUGAAGUCAUUGCUGACCUUGAUGAGUAGCUUUAAUGGAACAGUGUGGGCAAAAGCUUGUUUGCCAGCGGAAGGAGAGAAACUGUUGACAGUAAGUUUAGAUAAGUCUUUCAAGUAGUUUUACUGUAAAGAGGAAUAGAGAAGUGAAGCACUAGCCAGAGGAGGAAGUAGCGUCUAGCCCAUUUUUGUCUUGUUUUUUUAAGAUAGGAGAAAUAAAAGCAUGAUUAUAAUCUGAUAAGAAUGAUACACUAAAUGGAGAAAAUACUAUAUUGAAAAGAAAGGGAAGAAUUGGUAGUGUGAUAUCCUUGAGAGGCCAUAUUAUACCCAGGUAGAAAAAUUUACCUUAAAAUAAUCUUAGGGGCAUAGAUAUAGCUCAUCUGUAGUACGAGGAAAGAUGACCAAAAGCGUGGAAGUUUCCUGAUUGUUUUUUUCUCCUCUUAAGAUAAAAAGGAAGCAAUUCACCAGCUGAUUAUAAAGGUUAAGCGAGAAUUGCUGAAAUUUUACAGAUGGAUAAAGGGGCAUGAAAAAUCAUCAGGAGAAUGUUAAGUGGAUAGAUUUUAGAGAAAUGUAGUGUAGUUGCCAGGCAGCAUUGUGGACCCACUUGUUCCUACUGAACUCGCUGAGUGUGAGACUAGACUAUGAUUUUGUAUUUUUUCAUGUCAUAGAUACAUGGAUACUGAAUAGAUAAUUAGGGAGAUCUUUACCAAAUGAGUAGUAUGAAGUAAAGGACAUAGGAUUUGAAGGUAUAUGCAAGGGGGGUGAUUCUGAUAAUUUACCUUCACACAAAUGGCAUGCUGGUAGGAUAAUAGAUGGUAGGUCUAUGGUAGGACUAUAGAUCCGAGAUCAGUUCAGUUCAGUCACUCAGUCGUGUCCGACUCUUUGCAACCCCAUGGACUGCAGCACACCAGGCCUCCCUAUCCAUCACCAACUCCAGGAGUUUACCAAACUCAUGUCCAUCAAGUCAGUGAUGCCAUCCAACCAUUUCAUCCUCUGUCAUUCCCUUCUCCUCCUGCCUUCAAUCUUUCCCAGCAUCAGUGUCUUUUCAGAUGAGUCAGCUCAUCGCAUCAGGUGGCGAAAGUAUUGGAGUUUCAGUUUCAACAUCAGUCCUUCCAGUGAACACCCAGGACUGAUCUCCUCUAGGAUGGACUGGUUGGAUCUCCUUGCAGUCCAAGGGACUCUCAAGAAUCUUCUCCAACACCACAGUUCAAAAGCAUCAAUUCUUUGGCCCUCAGCUCUCUUUAUAGUCCAACUCUCACAUCCAUACGUGACUACUAGAAAAACCAUAGCCUUGACUAGACGGACCUUUGUUGACAAAGUAAUGUCUCUGCUUUUUAAUAUGCUAUCUAGGUUGGUCAUAACUUUCCUUCCAAGGAGUAAGCAUCUUUUAAUUUCAUGGCUGCAGUCACCAUCUGCAGUGAUUUUGGAGCCCCCAAAAAUAAAGUCAGCCACUGUUUGUUUCCACUGUUUCCCCAUCUAUUUGCCAUGAAGUGAUGGGACCAGAUGCCAUGAUCUUAGUUUUCUGAAUGUUGAGAUUUAAGCCAACUUUUUCACUCUCCACUUUCACUUUCAUCAAGAGGCUCUUUAGUUCUUCUUUACUUUCUGCCAUAAGGGUGGUGUCAUUUAAAUAUCUGAGGUUAUUGAUACUUCUCCCAGCAAUCUUGAUUCCAGCUUGGAAUCUGAGAUAGGCUUGUUGAAAUGAGAGUACUAGGGAAAAAGAUGAUGGUCAGAGAAUGGAAUGUUGGAAAAUACGAUUAUUAUAAGGGUUAUAGUUUUUGGAAUUAAUAAAGUCUAGAUGAGGCAUUGGUAAUGGAUGGCUGAAUUGGGGUCAGGCACAGAAUCACUAGAAGAGAAGAGCCCAUGGAUCUGAUAGGCCAAAGUGUUCAAAUAAUUAGAUUAACAAUUAUUUGAACAAUCUAAGAAUUGUUCAAAUAAUUCUUAGAAUCACCAAGAAUUAAGAUACACUGGCAGAAACAAAAAUUUAGAGAUAAAGAUGAAAAAAAAAUAAGACAACUGUAGAUGAUUGCAACAAGAGAUAGUUGAUAGUUGAAUAACAUGAAAUUCAAAAAUUUGGUAGGAGUAAUCUUGGUGACGGAGAAGAAUAUAGGAAUGGAAAUGAGCAUACAACUCCUAUAGCUUCCACCUCUAGGCUCAAUGAUACAUGGAGUGUGGGAGAUAAGCACAGCAUCAGGAGGUAAAAGGAAGGUUUAGAGAAGAGGUUAAGGAGAAAGGAUUUUGCUGACUGAUUUCUAGAUGGCACAGGAGUCAUAAAGAAGGAAACUCUAUUUUAUGAAGAGAUUAAUUUCACCUACCUUUACCGAUGAAGCAUUUUAUAUUUUAACUAGUGAUACCACUUUAAUGGCAGAAAGUAAAGAGAAACUAAAGAGCCUCUUGAUUAAAGUAAAAGAGGAGAGUGAAAAAGCUGGCUUACAACUCAACUUUCAAAAAGUGAAGAUCAUGGCACCUGAUCUUAUCACUUCAUGGCAAAUAGAUGAGGAAAAAGUAGAAACUGUGUCAGAUUUCAUAUUCUUGGGCUCCAGAAUCAAUGUGGAUGGUGAUUGCAGCCACGAAAUUAAAAGAUGCUUCUCCUUGGAAGAAAAGCUAUAACAAACCUAGACAGUGUAUUAAAAAGCAGAGACAUCACUUUGCUGACAGUGGUCCUUAUAGGCAAAGCUAUGCUGUUUCUAAUAGUCAUGUAUGGAUGUGAGAGCUGGACCAUAAAGAAGGCUGAGCACUGAAGAGUUGAUGCUUUUGAACUGUGGUGUUGGAAAAGACGCUUUAGAGUCCCUUGGACAGCAAGGAGAUCAAACCAGACUAAUCCUAAAGAGAAGGAAAUGGCAACCCACUCUAGUAUUCUUGCCUGGAAAAUCUCAUGGAACAAGGAGUCUGGUAGGCUACAGUCCAUGGGGUUGCAAAGAGUUGGACACAACUGAGCGACUUCACUCUCACUUUCAGGGAGAUAGUGAAGGACAGGGAAGCGCAUGCUGCAUGCAGUUCAUGGGGGUCCCAAAGAGUCGGACACAACUUAGCAACUGAACAAAAACAAUGAAUUUUAAUAGGAUUGUUUUCAACCUUAGAAGUGGUUGGAUUAGAAUGAUUAUUGGCCAGUCAUGUUACGUUUUUUUCUAUUUAGUAUUAUGGAGAAACAGUAAGCGUAAAAUAAACUGAAAAUUAGAAUUAUCUUUAAAGUAUUUGUAAGCACAUUGAUAAAAAGAUUUCACUAAUUUCUAAUAAAACUUUUAUUUUUCCCCUUAAACAAGAAUUUGUGAUAUCCGCCCUAUUCUUCUGUUGAGUAUUCAUUAUGUUAUCAGUCAUAACAUAUUAUUUGAAUGUCUAUCCCUUCACCUGUCUACAAUCCAUAAAAGAAUGGUAUUGUUUCAUCUUUAUAUCUCAGCUUGUUCUAGUGAUGCUGGACAAGGAGAUACUCAGUAAAUAUUUGAAUAAACAGGAAAAUGUGAAAAUCUAUUUUAUGAAAAGAGUUGUUGGUCAAAUAUUUCUCAAAGAAUUAGCUUGAAAACUUUAAUCUGUGGUAGUAUCUGACAUUUAGGUAAGGUUUUCAUUGGUUUUUGAAUUUAAAAAUUCAUAAAGGAAGGAAAAGGUUAAUAAAACAUACAGUAGAAAAUUGAAGUAUUAUGAAUCAUUUUUCUGGAGAAAAAUAGAUAUUUUUUUUAAAACCUUUUAAAGUUUAUACUUGUAAAGAUGACUUUGAAACAGACUUUCAAGGAUUUUAUAUUUAAAAAUAACCUGCCUUUUCUCUAAUGUAAUUGACCCAAGAGGGGUAAUCUAAAUAGCACCCUUCAUCAUUAAAAUAUUAACAUCUUUUAAAUCUUUAGCCUGUGGAGGUUGGUAGAAGGUAAAUACUGCCACCAAGUGGUGAUAUGCAGAAACUUUGGCCCUGUAUACAUAAUUGGAGAUUUUCUU